AUGCAAGAUCGCAUAUCAUUUGAGCCCGAACCACUGGUGCGACCCGGCCCCGAUGCCAAGCAUGUCUUGGUCAUUGGUGGCGGUGUUACUGGCUUGGUUACAUCUUGGGCUCUCCUUGAUAGAGGUUUCAAAGUCACCAUUAUGUCUAAGCAGUGGGCAUCAUAUACCAAGGAACAGCGCCUCACCUCUCAAAUCGCUGGUGCCCUGUGGGAAUACCCCCCUGCGGUCUGCGGCCAGCACACUGAUACAAUCUCACUGCACCAUUCAAGACGAUGGUGUAUGCUUGCGUACAGAAUCUGGGACGCCAUUGCCUCAGAUCCGGAGCUGUCACGCACCUCUGGCGUUCAGAUGAAGCAAUCGGCGUUCUUCUUCCCAUUCAAGAUCGAAGAUGACGCAGAGCAACACCAAAAGAUGCUUGAUAUCGAGGCUAGUGGAGUUCGAGGAUUCCAGCACUCUGUAAACUUGGUAGAGCACUACGGUGUUGACCCAAAAUAUGGAUGCAAAGAUGCCUACGAGCUAACAGCUCCCAUCAUCGAUACUGAUACCGCUAUGACGUGGUUGAUGCAGCUCACAGCCAGCAAAGGUGCCACCUUUGUUACUGAGACUAUCGAGGGCGACAUCUUUGCACAGGAAGAGGAGCUCCUUAAGCGAUUCAACAGCGACGUUAUUGUAAAUGCCACAGGUCUCGCUGGAUUCCAAAUUGCCAGCGACAACUCCUGCUACCCGAUUCGCGGUGCUCUUGUCCGCGUCAUCAACGACGGAAGCGAUUUUCCAAAAGUUGAUGCCGCACUGAGCAUUUCUGCCGAUGCUCGCCACGAGAACCACACACCCAAUGAGAUUGUGUUUAUUGUGCCCAGAAGUGACCGAGUCUUGCUACUCGGCGGCAUAAGCCAACCGCACGAGUGGAAACUGGAUUUGACUCUUGAAUCUCCAGUUGUUCAGCGCAUGAAGGCCAGAUGCCAAGAAUUCUUACCAAGGCUUCAAAAUGCUCGCCUCGACGAAGAUUACCCCCUUGCGCAAGGACUGCGACCGUUCAGGCAAAGAAAUGUCCGCGUUGAGCGGGAGUUGAGAUAUCACCAGACACCAACACAAGAGGACGGAACCAACACUACUAACAGUCAGGCAAGUGCUGGUGACAAUGUUGGCACUGCCAGCAAAAUUGUUCACUCCUACGGACAAGGUGGUGCAGGCUGGAGUCUGUCGUUUGGUUGCGCUGAGACUGCGUUGGGGCUCGUUGAAGAGGUCCUGGCGGGCAAGCCGCCCAAACCCAUGUCUUUGGAGUAA